UUCAGUUGGCUGAAUCAUCUACUUUUUAUAUUUCAGUUCCGUAAAAACUGUCUUUUAAUACUGCAAGUUUCGCUGGCAACGGGGGCAAACUAGAAGAGAGGUACAAAGGAGGCGGAGUCUGAGGCGUGCGGAGAGGACCUUGCGGGAUACUUUGGAGCGCGAGCCUGGAUUCCUUAGCCCUUCCCACUCCGAGCUCCGACUACCGCCUUCGCCGCCGCUGACUCCAUUUCCCAGAAUGCCCAGGGGGAAAGCGGCCGGAAGGCUGUGCGCCCUCCGCGGGGCAUGAUGGGGGAGUUGGAGAUUUCCAUCAUGGCGGCUUCCAUUUCGGGCUACACCUUCAGCGCUGUGUGUUUCCACAGCGCCAACAGCAACGCGGACCACGAAGGAUUUUUGCUGGGAGAGGUAAGACAAGAGGAAACCUUUAGCAUCAGUGACUCACAAAUUAGCAACACAGAAUUCCUGCAAGUAAUUGAAAUCCAUAACCAUCAGCCUUGUUCAAAACUUUUUAGUUUUUAUGACUACGCAAGUAAAGUUAAUGAAGAGAGUCUGGACAGAAUUCUUAAAGAUCGGAGAAAGAAAGUCAUUGGAUGGUACAGAUUCCGGCGAAACACACAGCAGCAGAUGUCAUACAGAGAACAGGUUCUCCAUAAGCAGCUCACCCGCAUCCUCGGUGUGCCCGACCUCGUCUUCCUUCUCUUCAGCUUCAUCUCCACCGCCAACAAUUCCACUCAUGCUUUAGAGUAUGUUCUCUUCAGACCAAAUCGCAGGUAUAAUCAAAGGAUAUCACUUACUAUCCCCAAUCUAGGCAAUACUAGCCAACAAGAGUACAAAGUGUCUUCAGUGCCAAAUACUUCUCAGAGUUACGCCAAAGUUAUUAAAGAACACGGUACUGACUUUUUUGACAAGGAUGGAGUAAUGAAAGACAUCAGGGCAAUCUAUCAGGUUUAUAAUGCGCUUCAGGAGAAAGUACAGGCAGUAUGUGCAGAUGUAGAAAAGAGUGAGCGAGUUGUUGAAUCUUGUCAGGCAGAAGUGAAUAAAUUAAGAAGACAAAUCACUCAGAGGAAAAAUGAAAAGGAACAAGAAAGAAGGUUGCAGCAGGCUAUGUUAAGCAGACAGAUGCCAUCUGAAAGUCUGGAACCAGUAUUCAGCCCUCGGAUGCCCUAUUCUGGGUUUGCAGCUGAAGGUAGAAGUACAUUUGCAGAUGCAGAACCCUCUGAUCCCCCUCCUCCUUACUCAGAUUUUCACCCAAACAAUCAAGAAAGUACUCUGAGCCACUCUCACAUGGAAAGGAGUGUCUUUAUGCCUCGACCUCAAGCCGUGGGCUCUUCCAGUUAUGCUUCCACCAGUGCCGGACUCAAGUAUCCUGGAAGUGGAGCAGACCUUCCUUCCCAAAGAGCAGCUGGAGACAGUGGUGAGGAAUCAGAUGACAGUGAUUAUGAAAAUUUGAUUGACCCUACAGAGCCCUCUAAUAGUGAAUUCUCACAUUCAAAGGAUUCACGACCCACGACACAUCCUGAUGAGGACCCCAGGAACACUCAGACCUCCCAGAUUUAACUGAACAAAAAAAACUCUCCGCCUAGGACUGUUUUUCGUAAUUGUUUAUUGAGAGUUUGUUGAGGACUCAAUCUGGGGGGAGAACUGCUUUCUCUGAUACCUUGGCUCCCAAGAGGAAAGUCCUUGUGCACAGAACUUGUUAGAACCUCCGUCCGGUGGUUCUCACCUUGAGACGCAAGGUGCAGGUUCAGAACAGAAUCAUUAAGAUAAUCAAAUUGUCCUAAUUCUGGUGCGAUUCAUGGAUGUACUGGUAAAUUUAGGAAAAAUGAAACUUUAUCAGUGUAGUUUCCGGUCUUUAAAAUAAAUUGGAAAUUAGAGACUAAGCACAAUUAGUCUAUAAAUGUUCUAUAAAUCAAAAACUUACCUCUUGCACUAUCAUGCCUUGAAAUUGACUUUUUCAAAGGGAAGCAAGUUUAGCAGCAGCCUUCAAAGAGCUUCUUUCUAUGAUGAGCCAAAUUCAUCUUCAUGAGAAAAGAAAUUUUGUUAAUUCCAAGAAGCCUGAUUCGAACAAAUCAGAUAUACUUACCUUCUCUUGUCUGCAUGACUUUGUGAGAUCAAAGAGAGGGCUCUCUUUCAACUUUUCUCUACUAGCCUGAUCUGUAUUGUCAUUUGAAAUGGUUGCCUUUUAAAAAGAAGUAGAAAUACUAAUUACCAGUAAAUCAUCCAAUAAGUAUGUCAUCAAGUAAGUUCAUUACUCUCCUUUUGUUGGAUGACAGUGACUGUCUCGUUGCACUAGCGCAUUAUGGUCUCUGUUCUGGAGUCUCAGAGGAGGGACACACAGCAGUGGGUGACAAAAAGGAAUUAUGUGCCAGACCUGAGUUUUAUGAUGAACAGAUUCCAGAUACAGUGAUUCAGCUGAAUUCAUAUAAGGGAUAUAACUCACUUAGAUCUUCUGACAAAUCCUAGUGUUAGUUUUAUUUGUGGAGGAAAUACACUUAAUAAAAUGUUUGGGACUCUUAAUGAAAAAGAUUUGUUUGAAAUCUGAAUAACUAUACUUAUUUUUUUAAGUUGCCAUUUAGGGGAUAACUGCGGAAUGUGUAGAGACUGUUGGGAUGCACUUAUACUUUUAUUUAAUUAAUUACUACUUGUUUUGUAGUUUUGCCCAGAAUGUGUGAAACCACUAAGACAUUCUUGGGUAUGUUGGGCUCCAGGUUUGGAAACGGCGUGACCCACCAUUUGUGGGUCAACCUAUGAAGUUAAUACUUGGAGCUGAACUGCCCUUCCUCUGGACUAGCUAAAACCUGUACGAAUAAGGAAGUUGUUAAAGAAGUUUAAAAUCCAGUUUCAAAAGAAUAGUUUCAUUUUAUAGGAUAGACAUUUAUUCGUGAACUCCAGUUCCAAAACUAAAUCAGACAAUAUAAUAUGGACUUGAAAUGCUAAGACUGCCAUUCUUUGGAUAUGUACUCCUUGGGGUCUGUAUUUUAACUGCUCUCCUGGUUUUGUUGGCCUUACACCACUGCCAUUUUAUUUGAAAUGUUGCAGAUCGUUUUAUCUGCAGAUGUGUUCCAGUUUUUAUCAGCAGCCUACUAGCAGCUUCAGCACCUGAGUGAAUUUUUUUUUUUAAGUGCCAUUGCCAUCUCUUCUGUUCAGAUUUUGACAUUCAGGAAAAUAUUUUAUUUUUAUGCCAUACUGAAAUCUACAAUGUAUCUCUGACAAAGCAGUUAAAUGUGACAAUAAAAACUUAUUUAAUCACGAUA